CGCAGUUGUUACUGCUUCGUUUUCAUAAAAAAUUAUUAUUGCUUAUAAUUUGGAUUCAUUUAUAUAAAAGUUAUUUAAUAUACUGUUUGAAAUGUUGGGUCCGGAAGGAGCACCGUUUAAAAAUGAAACCUUACUAAAAGAAGACGAUGAGACAUGUAGUAUGAAGAACAGAAAAAUACCUGUAGAAGGCACGGCUAGUUUGGAGAUACAUUCAUACAGAAGCCCAAAGAAUUGGAAAAAAUCUAUUACAAACUUUUUUCGAAACCAACUUCGAUCAACGAAAUCAAAUGAUGGUGAUCUACCUUCGGGAAGCAAAGAAAAUUUUGAAGAAAAAGAAAUUAGUCCAGAACAAAAGUGGCAAUCGUUGGGGAAGGUGUUCAGGCGACAAAGUUUUGCCGAACAUUGGCCAAAGUCUUCAAAUCAACAAAGCGAAUCUUCAACUCAAAAUAAACGCCAUGGUGUUAGAAAAGUGAUCUCCAGUUAUUUUGGGAAAUCUCAAAAAUGUACAAUUGAUACAAAUGAAAAGUAGCUUUGAUAAUUAAUACAAUUUUUUUUUUU